AUGUCCCCAUCAUCUCCAAUAGAUCAAACAAAAACAAAACGACGGUCUUCUAGCUUUCUAAGAUUUAGUGAGAAGAAAGGGAAAGGCACGAACGGAGUCAAUGGGUCCAAUGGAUCACAUGGAGACAGCGAAGAAGAUGAAGCUAAACCAAGCAUGCUGGAGCGGGCCGCAUCCUCAAUGCUACCUGACCACAUGGCUAAGCGACCAGAGAUUGAAUCAAUGCUUUCCGAUUUUGCGAACGUGAUAAAAGCCAGUUUGAGACCCCUACCGCCUGCGGACGGACGACAUGAAAAAGAAACGGAACCUUCAAGCGGAUUUUUUAAGGAUUUGAAAACUUUCGGAAUUGGAGAUAUACGAACUCUUCGAGAAGUCAUCCAGCAGAAAGUGACAGGAGAGUUGAUAGAUGAUAAGACGUACAUUACCGAAAGAAUCAUCCAGUUAGUCGCUGAUCUUCCAAACGGUUCUCGAAAUAGGGUUGCUGUCACGAAUGAUUUCGUGGAUCGACUAUGGAAUAUACACCACCAUCCUCCAGAAGCUUAUGUAGGAAACAGGUAUAGCCAUCGUCAAGCAGAUGGGUCCUACAACAACAUCCAAUUUCCCCAUAUCGGCCAAGCGGGACAGCCUUUUGCUCGUAGUGUUCGGCCGAUGAUUCAACCUCGAGGCGCAUACCCAGAUGCGGGGCUUGUUUUCGACGCAGUUAUGGCCCGGUCGGACUAUAGGCGAAACCCAAAUAAUGUAUCAAGCCUACUCUUUUAUUUUGGAAAUAUAAUUAGUCUUGACCUCUAUAGACUGGACCCGACUGACGACGAAAUAUCCGCAAACUCAUCAUAUUUAGAUCUCUCCCCUCUAUACGGCUCGAGCCUUGAUGAUGUGAACACAAUGAGAACUUUCAAAGAUGGCAAAUUGAAACAAGAUUGCUUCUCCGACAAGCGUAUUUUCUCCUACCCUCCAGGCGUCGGGGCCAUUUUGGUUAUGUUCAACCGCUGGCAUAAUUAUAUUGCACAAACCCUCAGCAAUAUAAACGAGCACAACCGCUUUUCGGUCCCCGGACUCAAAGAAAAUGACAAUGCUGCUCUGAAAGCUAGAGAUGAAGAUCUAUUUCAAACCGCCAGACUGAUUACAUGCGGCUUAUACAUUAACAUAAUCCUAGCAGAUUAUUUGCGCACCGUUCUGAAUCUCAACCGGACAAUCUCAACUUGGAACCUAGACCCUCGUGUGAAUAGUGAGAAGCUGUUUAGCGACAACGGAACGCCCCGAGGGGUUGGAAACCAGCUCUCUGUUGAAUUCGCAUUUGUUCAUCGAUGGCACAGUGCCAUAUCUAAAAGGGACGAAGAGUGGUACGAAGAACUAUAUUCGAAAAUGUUCCCCGAACAGGAUAUAUCCCAGCUUGAUGCAGAUAAACUGGCAUGCAGAUUAGGUGCGCUAGAGGCAACAAUCCCCGAUGAUCCAGCGGAAAGAAGCUUCUAUGGCCUUGAAAAAGGGACCGACGGGUUCCUCCCAGACGACGAACUUGUACAAAUUCUAGCAGACAGUAUCGAAGACCACGCUGGUAGCUUUGGGGCAAACAAUGUUCCCGUGAUUAUGAAAACAAUCGAAUGUAUGGGAAUUGAGCAGGCGCGGAAGUGGAAAUGCGCUUCUUUGAAUGAAUUUAGAAAUUUCUUUGGUCUCAAGUCUUAUAGGAGCUUCGAAGAAAUCAACGCGGAUCCGAAAGUUUCGGAAAGGCUACGAAGACUCUAUGACCACCCAGAUUUCGUCGAACUAUAUCCUGGCCUUGUCGCUGAAGAUGCGAAAGCCCCCAUGGUUCCAGGUGUUGGUAUCUCACAGCCGUUCACCCUUUCGCGUGCCAUCCUCUCAGACUUCGUUUCAUUGGUACGGGGUGACCGUUUCUACACCAUUGAGUAUACGCCAGCCAAUUUAACCAAUUGGGGGUUCUCAGAAAUUGCCUCUGACCCAGCUAUUAAUCAAGGAUGCAUCUUCCACAAGCUCUUUUUGAAGGCAUUUCCCCACCAUUUCACUUAUAACUCCAGUUAUGCAUUCUAUCCAUUAACUACUCCAAAAGAGACUCAUAAGAUCAUGACAGAUCUUGGGAGAGUAGCAGAUUUCGAUUACGCUAGGCCCGGCCGGAGGCCAACACGUGUUAUGAUCUCAAGCUACGCUGCACUAAAGACUAUUCUUAGCAAACCCGAGUUCAAAGUGACAUGGGGACAGAACUUCGACUAUAUGAUGUCUGGACAUACAUGGAUGUUGAGCGGCGACACAGAUACGAACGCUGACCAGCGUGUCGAUAUGCAACAUGCCAUCUACGGACCUAGCACUUGGUAUCGACAAGUUUUCGACUUUUACGAACAAAAGACGAUAGAAAUGUUAAAAAAACACUCGUAUAGUAUUGCCAAUAACCAAAUGGUCGACGCAGUCAGGGAUGUGAUUAACAUAGCCCAUACACAUUUCGCUGCCAAUUUGUUCUGCCUACCGCUCAAAACCGAGGAUAACCCGCGAGGCGUAUACACGGAACAAGAACUUUAUACCAUCCUAUCUGUGAUGUUUACUUUUGUCUUCUUCGAUAUAGAGCCAACAAAAUCGUUCGCUCUCCAUAAGGCCGGGAGGUUAGUCGCGGGCCAGCUAGCACACUUAAUCGAGGCUAAUGUUAUCGCAAUUAACAAAACCGCAUUUAUGAAGAACAUCAUCGAUAAUAUCUUCGACAAAAAUUCCUCCCUGAAGGAUUAUGGCAUCCAUAUGAUUCGACGGCUGUUGGAGAGUGGAAAAACCGCUGAAGAGAUAACUUGGCAGAUGGUACCGACCGCAUCCGCUAGUGUUUCUUGUCAAUCCCAAGUCUUUUCUCAAAUCCUCGACUUUUAUCUUCAACCUGAAAAUGCCGAGUACCUCGCCGACAUCCAAAAGUUAGCUCGAAAUGGAUCUCCUGACUCCCUUGAAAAGCUUCGUCACUAUGUCCUCGAAGCAAACCGACUUUCGGGGACAUUCGGACUUUACCGCAAAGCAGACCGUGCAUUUGAUCUUACCGACGGUGACACCACCCAUAAUCUCAAACGUGGUGAUGUCGUGUUUGUAAACUUCAUAACCGCUUCCCGAGAUCCUCUAGUAUUCCCAGAUCCCUUGAAAAUCAAACUUGAUCGCCCAGAGGAGCAUUACAUUCAAUAUGGAUAUGGCCAACAUCGGUGUUUGGGCAAAGAUGUGAAUUUGAUGGCAUUGACUGCAAUGCUGAAAGUGUUUGGGAGACUAGAAAACCUAAGGCGUGCACCGGGGAUUCAGGGAACCUUGAAGUAUAUUUCACGCCCUGGUGGGUCGAAAGUAUAUUUGAAGGAGGAUUGGAGCAGUCUUUGGCCCUUCCCGACCAGUAAGUUUAAAACCCACCGCUCCAUUCCUAUAGUUCUACUGGACUACGUCAUUAAUCUUCUUUAA